GAUCGAUAAAAUAUGAAAUUAGAGAUGGACCCUAUUCGGCUAUUCUUGCAUGCAAAGUAACACGGCCCUAACCUCCUCCGCCCUCUCUUUUCCCUUUUCCGCGAAAAACAGGAAAGAUGUUUGCGGAGACGACGACCGCGGCCGCCGCAGGAGCAUCCGUACGGUACAGUGAUGUGUUUUUGAAGAGAUGUUUCAAGCCCAGCCUAGUGGUUAUGCCCCAAUGUCGUCGAUUGGCUUCUGCUAACUUAGACACAAAACUUGCUUUAUCUAUUACCAAAGCUAAACAGAAACCUUGUAAGGAACUCAAGUUUUCUUCUUCUAGAGGAAUGUUGAUAUCACAUAUUUCUUCAGCAGCAUCCCCACAUCUAUCUGGGGAACAAGGCAGGCUGUUCCAUAAACUUCCACUUUGGCCUCCACGAAAUCAUGCUAGAAAGGGUCCUCGAGCAUUCAGAGACGACUCUUACAGUGUAAAACGCCAAUCUGGGGUCACCCAAAAACCAGAAUGGUGGUUGAGGACUUUGGCCUGUGUUCCAUAUUUAAUGGCUGUGCAGAUGUCAAGUACAGCAUAUUACCUCAUGCCUUUGUUGGAACACUUGGAUGUUGAUAAUUUGAUAUUUUAUGUCCCCGGAUCUGUUCAGAGGUUACCGUGGUGGUUCCCCAUGUUGUACUUCAACCUUGCAUACUUUGGAGUCGUGAGGAAUAAAGAAUUGCCUCAUUUCUUUCGGUUCCAUGUCAUGAUGGGGAUGUUAUUAGAAACCUCGCUCGACAUCAUAUGGUAUGCUAGCAAUUUCAUGCCACUCAUACAUUACAAUGGUACAUAUGCAAUGCAAUACUGGGCUGCAGUGGGGUUCAUCUACAUUUCCAGCUUGUUGGUGUGUAUAAGGAGUUCUCUCUUAGGGACUUAUGCCAAAAUACCAUUCAUUUUCGAAAAUGCACUUAUUCAUACAUUCUUUAAUAUAGGACGAUAUUAUCGACCGUUCUAGACUGCAGUUAGGUAUGUUAUAUGUGUUAGUCUUAGAGAUAGAGAAUAAAGAACCAGAGAGUGGGCUCUAGAUCAAGCCUGAUGUUGUUUGUUAAAUUUUAACCGUGACUGCCAAUUAUUUAUGGUUAUAUUUGGUCA